AUGUCAGGACCUGUGCCAAGCCGGGCCAGGGUGUACACUGAAGUCAACACUCACCGGCCGAGGGAGUACUGGGACUAUGAGUCCCAUGUUGUUGAAUGGGGGUAAAUACCUCUUUGACCUCCACACAGUAUUUGCACCAUACUGCUUGACCAAUCUGUAACCCAGCACAUGUUUAUGAUCCUUUCCUCACAGAAACCAGGAUGACUUUCAGCUGGUUCGGAAGCUAGGGCGCGGCAAGUACAGUGAAGUCUUUGAGGCAAUCAACAUCACAAAUAAUGAGAAGGUGGUGGUGAAGAUUCUCAAGGUAAAUCAGUGAAGAGGCUUGGAUUAGGUCAGUGCCUCUAAUUGGGUGAUUUAAUGCAGCUGACCAACUUUGCCUCACCUUUUUACCUUUAGCCUGUGAAGAAAAAGAAGAUCAAGCGUGAGAUCAAGAUUUUGGAAAACUUGCGUGGGGGUCCAAACAUCAUCUCCCUCAUAGAUAUUGUGAAAGACCCAGUAGUAAGUACAUGUUAUUUUUUUAAAACCACUCAGCUCUCUGUUCCUGAAUACUGUAGAUUUCAUCAUUUGAUGUGAAUUGCCUGUGUUAAUAUUAAUACAAACAUUCAGUGUAUGUUGAGGUUCUGAAAUAUCAUUACUGUACUGUAUCAAUAGUUUAGUCAGCCCACCAGCUGUGCAAGCUUGUCCAUUUCACUUGUGCUUGGGAAGUAUGUUUUUGUAAGUACCGAAGGUAGAUAGAUGUGUCCAAUCAGAUAUACAGCCUUUUAUUUCUGUGUUGUGUCAGGGCUCUCCAAACAUUUUAACAACCUAGAACAAGAUCAAUAAAGAUAUUAAUUUAUUUAUAUUCUUAUCCUUGAUUAAAGACAGCACGCCACACUGUCCUGGAUGAAAACACAAACAGUAGAGUAGAUCUUCACAGCCUGUCAGUCUUUUACUGUCAGCAGGUUCCAGGAAUCGAUGAACCAGAUCCAAAGCUGCAGACCAAACAGAUGUUAAGUUUCAUUACACAUGGUGAUGAAUGUGAGGUGUCAUCUUGUAUUUUACUUUGGACUGAUACAGGAACGAAUGAAUGAAUCAUUCGUCUUUUUACAUUGCAUGUCCAAGUUAGCAAGUUUACUUCCCAUCCUCAGUAUAAAAACAUGGAGCUGUAGUGAUGGGACAAAGUUCUUCCGCUACCUAUCAGAGGUAGUAAUGGAGGUUCUGUAAAAAGGAACAGCCAGCACAUUACAGCACCAUGUGUGUGUCAGUGCCUGUUGGAAUAUUAUUCCAGCCUCAUAGCGCUAUUUUACAUGUUUUGCUUCUUGUAAGUCACCCAUCACGAUCACAAUGUGAUGUUAGCUCACACACUGAGAUGGCAACAUAAAACCUUGGCAGCAUUCAUUUCAUUAGUAGCAAGCUGAGGUCAUGGCAGGACUUGGUUCUGGUGCUGCAGCAGAUUCUUAGUGCGUAAAAGCGCUUUGACAGAACAGUCUACAGGAGUGUCUGUAUGUUUUAAUGGGGGUUCCCUUCUGAACUAAUCUAUCUUUAACAAAACCUGUUUUUGUGCUGAUCUAUAAAAGAUGGUUUCUCAAACAUUUAGCAUUGGAGCCUCUUUUAUUGUGCACAUAAACAAACUUUGCACUGGACACCAACUUUUUAUGUCAUUAUCAACCAUUUAUUAACAAAAAGAUUGAUUGUAUUUACUGACAUAUAAAUCUGCAAAUGGAAAUGAUAACGAGUGGUUACCUGUAAGUUGCUAAAAAAUGCUUGUGGAGAGUCCUGAUUAGGAAUCACCCUUUGCAUUAGAUAGUUUGUAGAUGAAGCAACCCUUUUGAUUAUUGCUCUAGAUGCAGACCUGGGCACUUUACGGCCCCAGGGCCACAGCCGGCCCUUUGUAUGUCCCUGCCCAGCCCUUUGUGAGGUCAGUCAAUCAAAACAUGCUUUACAAGUGUGUUGCUUUUAUUUUGAAAUCCAAACCUUUGUUUUAUUUCCAUUUGGACGCAUGUGCGUAAUCCUAGAUCUGCAUCGGUUAACAGAGACAAGUUUAAACUUUGGCAAAAUAUACGUAGACGCCUCAUAGUUGCCAAGUCCACUUACUUUAAAUGAUUUAGGGCUUGUUUUUCUCAGAAGUUGCUUGUAAAACUUGUAAAUCGCGGGUGUGCUUUUUUUGGACUUGUUUUAGCUAGUAGUUGCUUAUUUGAGCUUAUUUUGAGCUCUCUUUUCUGAGUUGAAUAGGAAUGAAAUGAGUCUGAAUGUUGCUCACAGUGUGGCUGCCCUCCCACUUUGUUUGGAGCUCGAGUUCGAGCCUUGAACCCGUUUUUAUUAAGUUACUUAGCUGAAAACUGCUCAUACUGAGAAUAUCAUAUACUUCUUCCAGUCCAGGACGCCCGCCUUGGUCUUUGAACAUGUUAACAACACCGACUUCAAGGUAAGAGCUCAACUUUUUCUCUCUGACUUUGAGUUUCUUCAGCUUUUAGAAACCUCCUUUCUUGGCAUGCUUGUUGUUUUCCUGUACAUGUAUGCAAAAGUCCAGUGCUAUGUGUUCGGUGCCAGGAGGCAAGCCGUCCUCUGGUUCUAUCCUUAAUCACUGGCACAUUUGCACGGAUGGAUCUGAUUGUGGUGUUGCUGCACUAUGAUUGUUGCUGCUGUAUCACCAGAACAAGCUUUCUGACUUUGUUUUGUCUCCAGCAACUGUACCAAACCCUGACAGACUAUGACAUCCGGUUCUACAUGUAUGAAAUCCUCAAGGUGAGCUCCCGAAGUACAGUUCAAAAUCUCUGUUUGUGCCAUUAACCAACUUUCAGACAGAUAGAUAACAACAAUCCUUGCUCUUCUCUGCAGGCUCUGGACUACUGCCACAGCAUGGGAAUAAUGCAUCGGGACGUGAAGCCACAUAAUGUGAUGAUUGAUCAUGAACAUCGUAAGGUGAGUUUGAGUCUGCAGAACAUAAACUCAAAGAUAUCAGAGUGAUCAAAAGCAACAGAAACUUACUUAUACUGACAUUUGUUUGACUCCUUAUCUCUUUCACAGUUUUUAAGCUGGGAUCUAUUAAAUUCAUAAUAUAAAUAAUUAUGUUUAUACAUGCAUUGUGUGUUUGUUGUGUAUAAUGGUCCUAUUAGAGCCUGAUAUGAAACAGUGACCCAAAAUGUUAUAAAAAAAAUGUAACAAAGCCCAAAAUGUGACAAUUGGUCAACAAUUUUUACAAAAUGUUGAGCCUGAAAUGUGAAAAAAAGAAAAGUAAUUUAAACCCAAAAUGUAAUAACUGACCCAUAAUGUAACAAGUUGCUACAUUUUGGGCAAAAAGUUAUCACGUUUGGCUCAGCAUCUUGUUACAUUAGCGACCAGUUAUUACAUUUUGGGUUUUAUUUCUUUUGUUUUUAUUACAUUUUUUUAAUGACAUUUCAGGUCAUGGUUACAUAUCUGGCUCUAACAGGGCUCAUGUCUUGUUCUGUAGUUGCGUCUCAUUGACUGGGGUCUAGCUGAGUUUUACCACCCAGGACAAGAGUACAAUGUCAGAGUUGCUUCCCGUUACUUCAAAGGACCAGAGCUGCUGGUGGACUAUCAGGUACCUGAGAACUAGUUCACCUUUGGUGCAGUGAAGUAUUCAAACAAGUGUUGGAUAACCAAUGAAACGAAAUCAUCUCCUUUUAAACUUUUUUGUUAACACUGGAGCUCCUUACUGUCACCCCCCCUGUACUCCUAAAGCUUGAACUGUGUGUUUGUCUCAGAUGUAUGACUACAGUCUGGACAUGUGGAGCUUGGGUUGUAUGUUGGCGAGCAUGAUCUUCAGGAAGGAGCCCUUCUUUCAUGGCCAUGACAACUAUGACCAGGUAGGAGAAAACAGGGUUUAUAUCUACACGUGGAGUAUGUUGUCUUUAAAGAUCAAAAUCAUACAAAGCGACAAUCGCCUGUUAUUUUUGAGCACAGAAGUGACUGGUGCCUGUGUGCAGUAGAUAACUGUCUAGAAGGGUUUAAGCCACCUAUUCAGAUCUGACAGACUGUUUGUGUUCCCGCAGUUGGUAAGAAUAGCCAAGGUUCUUGGGACAGAGGACCUUUAUGACUACAUCGACAAGUACAAUAUAGAGCUGGAACCUCGUUUCAAUGACAUUCUGGGAAGGUAAGAUGUGACUGCAGUCACAUGAUGAUCAUGGUAAUUAUAUCCUGAAUGUGCAGUAGCUGUAUGAAACUUUGUUUUUGGUGCCAUCAUGAUCUCAUACGAAGCCAGAGAGUCAGGUUAGGGAUCAGCUCAAGGAAGAAUAUUUAUGAUCAUAACUUUAUAAUUUCCUUGAAGAAAUAAUCACCAUAUUAAUUAUUUUGCACUGCAGACGCGGUAGUUCUUCUGCCUUAGUGUCUCGGUCUGAUUGCAUUUCCAUGAAGAAAUGAUUAUAAAUGUUCUUCCUUGAGCUGCGUAGCUAUGGAAGCUGAUGAUAUGAUAUGCUGUGUCUCCUGAUGACAUCCCCAAGGGGAUACAUGUACAGGUUAAAAAGAAGCGGUAGUCAUGUAUUAAAAAAUACACAGUCGUGGUCAGACAGCCAGGUCGAAAACAGAGGACACUUCGAUGGACAGGAAAUGGGUUAUGACCCAUUUGUUGGCUGUGUGGCGUGCUGCUUAAAAUCGAGACAGUUUGAAGGUUUAAAAACUCUCUGGAUAUUGCAUCCGAGGUAUCAUCGACACGUAGAUUAAAAUCACCAGUUAUUUAAGUCCUGUUAUAAAAGGUGUGGAUAAUUGAUAAAAGUUCAGAAAAUUCCCAGAAAAAAGAGCUAGAGUGAUGGGGUGGUCUAUACUGUGAGGCAAAAAAUUAGAGGACUGCCAAAAGUAAAGGCAUGGUUCUCAAAUGAUGUGUAGCUUUUUAAAAACACUCCAUUUGAGGUCAGUGAGUUAUUUGUAAUAGAUGCCAUCCGUCCUCUUUUAGCCUCUGGUAGAAAAUUAAAAAAAAUAAAAAAUUUGGUGGGUAAGCCGGUGCAUCAUAGCCAAGCCAUGUCUCGGUUAAAACAAGACAGUCUAACUUGUUUUCUAAAUCACAACAUUCAUUAAAAAAUGUUUUGUUUAAAAGAGAACAAGAGAAUGAUACACAUUUUGAUUUAUCCUUAUUUUCUUUUUGCGUGGCAUAUAUAAUUGCUUCCUUCCAACUUGGUAGUGUUUGAGCUUUCUUUAAAGCCAAAUUCAAAGGAGGAAGCAUCACUAGUGUUAGUUCUUUUCUCAGCUCCGUAUACCAUUCUGCCAGAUAGCUGUCUGAUCCUGGGGAUUUAUUUGAUUUGAGUUUACUAAUUGCUAUUUUUUUAGUUCUUUUUCUGUUACAUCCUCCAUCAUUAUUUUAUUCUGUUCUUCAUUUAACACGGGUACUUCCAGAGAAUCUAAAAAACUGUAUUUCAGCUGUGCUGUCUCCUGUCUUUGUAGUAUAAAGAGUCUUAUAAAAUGUUUUAAAUGCUCCCAGAAUUUCAUUUAUUUUAUUUUUUUUGUUGUUUUGGUUAUUGGGUGUUUAAUUUUAUGAAUUGUGUUCUGUGCUUUUUUUUAUUUUGAUUUCCAGGCCAGAACCAUCAUUGAUUUGGAUCCACCUUCAUAGUACCUUUGUCUAAGAAACAUUAAAUUUUUCUGAAUUUCAUGUGUUGUUAGAUGAUUAAUUUAGUUUCAUUUUUUCAUUAUUUCCUCCAGUAGAUCCCGUUUUGUUAUAUCUUUUUUUUCUCCAAGUCUUUUAAUUUAUUUUGUAACUCUCCCAGUUUUUUAUUUCUCAUCAGUUUUGGAGGAGGAUAUUGCUUUAAUUUUCCCUCUCAGGACAGCUUUUAAGGCAUUGUACAGUAUAGGAGGGGAUGCAUCCCCUUUAUCAUUCAUUUCCAGACAGAAGUGGUUCUCUCUUUUAAUCUGUUUUUUUUUAAAGUGAGAAUCAUUGAGCAGGCUUGAAUUUAAUUUCCAGCUAUUAAUAUUUUGAUUGUAGAUUUAGAUCUACAGACAGGUAUAUGGGUGCAUGAUCACUUAAGUCUGUUGUCCCUAUUUCACAUGUGCUUAUUUUAUGUUUGUCUUUUCCAAAAGUGGAGAAUAAUCUAUUCUUGUGUAUAAUGAGUGGGGUGAGGAGCAAUGGGUGUAGUCCCUUUGAUUGGAAUGCAAGUCUCUCCAUAUGUCAAUUAGGCUGUAUUGGCUGAGUGAGAUCGUUUUGGUUCGUUCCACUUCAGUGGGGCAACAUAAACUGUGAUUCAUAAAAUAGCUCUAUUGAUAGUAAGUACUAAAAAAAAAUAUCUACUCAUGCCAUCCAGUCGAUUUUUAGUAAUCAGUGUUUCGGUGUCGAACUAUUUCCUUUCUGCGGUGUAGUGAUACUUGCACACACGCAAUCGAAUAUGCAGAGGGGUGAAGCGAUUUUUGUCACGUGGACCAAUUGGAGCCGAGUCUCGUUGCCAUAGUAUCAGAAAUACACAAACAUGGCGACGAGCGCAUCUAGCAACGAGACAAGCGAAGAGGAAGAAAAGAACAGGAAAAAAAGAAAACAGCCUUCAAAAGUGCAUAAAAAAGGAAUGAAACGAUGCUAUAUGCAUCUAUCAUCUGUCCAGAGUGAAGAACGAGAUUCACUUUCUAGGCACUUUUUCCUCUGUCCCAAUACAGCCUAAAUUAGACCAACCUCCUUAAGUUAACAUAUUAAUUUUCUUAACCAAUGACCUCAUAUUAUGUGCCUUCUCAUUUGAAGUAUCCAGUUUUGGCUGCAAGUGUAAAUCUCCCCCACAGAUUAGAAGGUCUGCUGUCUCUGAUAUCAUUUUAUCAACAACUUUCUUAACUUUCUUAUCACUUCCGGGUGGCGCGCAUACAUUUAGCAACGUAAUCUAGUUUCCCCUAAUGUUGCCUCUUACUAAUACAAAUGGUCCCUCCAUUACUGGUCCAUCACUUAUCUCAAAUAUUUUUUUAAAGUGUAAUUUACCUGAUUUAAGGACAGCGACUCCUCUUCUUUGUCUAGAUUUAUAAGAAGAGGAAAAUAUGCUUGUGAACCCAAUCUUUUCAGUUUCUCCCUUCCGCUGUGCAUCAUCUUUCCUGAAUUCCCUCAGUUCUCUGAGUAUUAGGUCCAGACUCGCAUUGCUAGCUUUUUCCCUUCCGUCUGCUAGCAUGACGUUUUACUUAAGCACUAGUUGUUCUGAAUUCGAGUUGUUGUGGGCUGUUCUUUAUCUCUACGGUCGGGAGCAUGUUCUCCUAUGCUGCCAUCUUCUUUCGUGCCAAACCCGCAAGUUUUUCCCUGAGUCCUAUGUUUUUAUUUUUCUGUUUUUGGUCUCCAGGCAUUCUCGUAAGCGGUGGGAGCGGUUUGUUCACAGUGAGAAUCAGCACCUGGUCAGCCCUGAGGCUCUGGAUUUCCUGGACAAGCUGCUACGUUAUGACCACCAGGCUCGGCUGACUGCUCGUGAGGCCAUGGAUCACCCUUACUUCUGUAAGCCGUCCUCACAGAAAACUUUUGCUUAUCAGAAUAGAGUCACAAUGACCCAAAGCAAAAAAAUGAUUUCUUCUUAUUGGUUGUCCCUGCAGUCCCCAUCGUGAAAGAUCAGUCUCGUGUGGCCGGAUCAGCCAACAUGCCCAGUGGGAACCCAGCUGUUAGCACAGCUAGCAUGAUCACUGGUGAGGACAUACAUACAUGCCACAAAGUGCCCUGUAGUCCUGUAGGCUGUUUAUUGACACUUCCGUGUGGAGUUUUCCCACAGCGCACACUACUUAACAGACCAUUUUUUUCUAAAUUUCAUAAAAACUGUUUAGCAAGUCUUUCCAGGCUACUGAUUUGGAAGACAGAUCAUCUAAGCUGUAGAGAGAGUUCAGAUUUGUGGGGCCACUUUGUUGUUUUAUCAUCAUGCUGUGAUAAGGCUCAGUGUGAUGAUAAAAAACUAUGAUGUGCAUUUUAGUCACAUUUUGUUCCAGCUCAGGAUUUAAAAAUCUGUACCCCAAGUCAGAGGGUCACACCCAUUUGUACCUACAGGCAACCUAUGUUUAUAAGAUGUUUACUCUUGCUCAGUUAAAGCACACUCUGUUUCACUUUUUUUUUUUUAAAGGGGACCUGCCAUCAAAAUUUCAUACCCAAUUUUAUCAUUUUUUCAUAAUCCUUGAUGUCCUCUGAUCAUGUUUGCAACAUAAUUUUAGCUGAAAAGUUAUUUGAUGGUUUGUUUUAGUAUGCCUAAAAAACCUUACAGGAAAACCAACUGAUUUUGGCUCAUUAACAUUUAUGGUAAUGAGCUUUGCUCUGAUUGGAUCGCUGCUGUGAAGCCUGCUGUGCUCUUAUUGGCUCAGCAGUGGAGGUUCAGAUUUCGGUUUAUCCAUUUUGCUAAUGUGUGCUUAAGUAAGGUGCCCAGAUGUCUGUAAUGAUAUACGGGGAUAUUCGGUGCGGUGGCGGGGAGGGUGCAGGGGCUGUGUGAUCACAGACAAAGUCUCGGUACUAUUUAGUAGCAGCGCAUGCCCCUUGAAAUAACCCCUGUAAGAACUUUUGUUCAUGACUGCUUACUUGUGCGUCCUACCUAUUCGGCUACUGUAAUAACCGUUGUUCGAGCCCACACGCAACAUUUUUGCUCUCAUUCAUGAAAUGCUUAACUCAGGGACAUUUUCGGGGACAGCUUUUGCCGGGGACAGGUCAUCCAAUUCGGGGACUGUCCCCGGUAAUCUGGGACGUCUGGUCAUCUUAUGCCAAAGGCUAAAAACGGCAGGUAUUAAACCAUAUAUUUUAGACCCCGAGUCUGAAGAGGAGGUGGAAGUUGAAGAAGAAGCCAGACAUCUCCAGCGGUGUUUUCAUUCAUUCUGCCCAGCUUUAAGUUAAUUUUCCCAGCAGUGAACCCAAGGAAACACCGGUCGUUUGGAAGAGACCCAUAGCGGAUACAGUGGUAGCUGGGUCUCGCUCUGGCUGGAGAGUGAUGUUGACUGAAUGAGUACGAGAAUGAGAGAGUGGGUGCGGCUCACUGAGGACACGCUCGUGAAUAAUAAUGAGCAAGGUCAGCGCGACGUCAGAGGGACCUGCUUUUUCAAUUGGCCUGGUUUACCCGUUUCUUCAUUUUAAACCUUUACAGAAUGCAAACGAUGUACCGGUUUAUUUUCACAUUUACAACAUAAGAUGAACAUAAUAUGGACCUUAUCUGACACAAAAAACACACAAAAUUACAUUUUUGAUGGCAGGUCCCCUUUAAUUCAAGUUUUUAAUUCAAGUAAUCAAUUUAUUGAUCUUUUCAAGGCUCGGUACAUGGCAAACUCAGUAUUUUUCUGCAUACAGGAACAAGUAGUUCUUAAGAGUGAACUGUGACAGACUUUGCACAUUUUUAUCUCUUGAAGAGCAGAAAAUACAAAAAAGUGAGUGCACAAUAAUGCCAACUAAACAUGUAUUAUAUCUGUACACACACUCACAUCAUAAAGACAUGUCGCUGUGGUACACAGCACCACCAAAUCCCCCCCUGAAGGAAGCACAAUAAAGCAAGAAAACCAGAGUCCCAAAACCUAGAGGGGGCCAUUAUUUACCUUUAUGUAGUCUCAGAACUUGUCUCAGGGGGUCACCCCCUCCCCCCGUCAUCACAAGCUGUUGUUGUGCCUAUUAAAUUACAGAAAAGUUAAAUUUAGUAAUAUUGGGUCAUUGAGAUUUAUGGACCUGAGGAAAUUUCUGCUCUGAGCCAGUUACUCAAAAUAUUUAGAAUCUGAAUCCAGGGUCUGAUUGACACGCAUUCCUACAUGCAGUGAAGAAGGGUUCCACUUGCCUGAUUACAUUUCCAGCACAAAUCAUUAUCCAGUAAUUCCCUCCUGUACAGUCCAGAUGGUGUUUAGUAGUAUCUAUGUAAUUUGUUAUAUUGUGUAAGUUUACCCCUUGCCUCUCUCAAAUACUUACCACACUUAGCCACAAUUAUUUCCUAUCUAUCAUCUCUAAUCUCUCCACCCAGGUCUCUCUGCCAAGUCAUUUUUAACUGGUUAGAGUCGUAACCAAGAGAAGAGUUAGCAAUUUUGUAAAAUUGUAAGGCUUUUCAUUUUCCAAGUUGAAGUUUCAUAUAGUCUAUCACCACAUUAUCAGUAAUAUUGUAUGGUUUUGGUGAGAUACAACUCCUUAUUUACAAGAAUUUCCAAAAGUUAUCUUUUCCGGUCAGCUUGAAUUUCUGCAACAAUUUGUCAUAUGACGAGAACACCCCAUCUUCAAGAGGAUUGUUAAUGGUGCUUAAACCUUCAGAGUGCCACUGUUUCCAAAACACUGUUUUUUUCCCCAAUACAUACAUCAGAAUUAUACCACAAGGAUGAAUAGCUUUGUAGCGUGUGUUUAAGUUUAAACAUUUUAUGUAUCUUGCUCCAAACACCCCUUGAAUAUAGAAGUAUUGGAUUUGUAAUGUUAGACCUUUUUUGUGAUAAUACCUCUAUGGGUUGGAAGCAUAUCUCCUUUUCUACCUCCAUCCAAGCUGCUUUAUCCGCUGUGACUGGCCAGUACCUUGUUAUUUUGGCUCAUUUUUUCAUUUUUUAUCUCAAAAGCUAAAUAAUAUAAUCUGAGGUCUGGGAGGCCCAGCCCUCCCUUUUCUUUACGUGUACAUAACUUUCUCAGUUUAUUUCGUGGUCUUUUCCCAGCCCACAGAAAAUGUUUUAUGACAUCAUCUAGUUGUCUUAAAGUGGUGGGUAGUAUCUUCAUUGGUAACAUCAUUGCCACAUAACGAAACUGUGGGGUGACUAUCAUUUUUAUAACAUUUAUUUUUCCCCAUAAUGUGAGUUUUAAUUUUCCCCACUUAACAAGAUUUGUUUUUAUCUUUUAAACUAAGGGGUUAAAGUUUAGUGCCACUAUCUUGUCUAUAUCUUCAGAGAGUUUGAUGCCAAGAUACUACCUGUCGUACCAAAAAUUAAACUUCUCCACUAUAGAUAAUAUACAUGUCUUGGAAAGAGGCACUGCUUCAAAUUCGCUUCAGUUGAUGAAGUAUCCUGAAAAUUUUGGAAAGGAUUUUAUGGUGUUCACCAGAUGUGGCAGAGACGUUAAUGGCUCGGAUACUACUGCUAAGAUAUUGUCAACGUAUAAUGAUAAUGUAUGUUCACUGUCUCCUCCUCUUACUUCUCUUAUUCCAGGGUGUGCUCUGACAAACCAGAAAAAUUCUAGAUAAAAAAUUUGAAAAGAAAAAAAGAAAAGCUCAGUUGGCACAGAUAAGUUUCUUAGAAAGGUAGCAGAAUAGCAACAGUGCUACUUUAAGCCAGUGGGUACUCUUUUUCCACUGAUAUCCUAAACCUGUCCAAUUCCAUAUCACCAAAUCUAAUUUUUAAUAUGCAGUCUUCCCUGAUGUCCAUCAGUUGCUCCUAAUGUUAGCAGUGAGCAGUCCUUCGCGCUCUACAUUGCGCUUGAACACCAAGGACCCUGGACCAAAUAUAAAUAAAAUUAAUUCCUAUCCACAUCUUUCAAUAAAAUUUGCAUUUCUUCCUUAUCAAAAUAAAUCCAUUUAUACACCUUUUAAGAAUGUCAAAUAAAAAGAGGAGCUUCAUUAGCUUCAAAGCAAACAUUAUUAGACUAUUAGUGAUAGUUAAGGUUAGCUUUGCUCUAUCCCGACUGAGGUACUACUAAGGUAAGGCCGAACAGCUUAAAAACGUAGUUUUAAAAGUGUUCAAACUCAUCUGGCAUCCCAUAUUCUAACCGGAUUUGAUAUUAUGUAUAUCCUGACAGAGUGUUUUAACCAUGGAAAAUUGUAACAUCAAUAAAUUUGGUAUGUUAGCAUGUUGAGUGUAAAGCUACUCGAGGACAUAUUCACUUUUCAAAACAAACGCCCCCUUGCAUAUAUUUAUUACAUGGGAUAAUCACAGGGUUAAACAAGCAAACAAGUUUUCUAACUCACCACAGGUAUUAUCAGAAGAAAAAGCACACUCUGGGUAGCAGCUUCAACUUGGGGCGGAUAGAAAUUUAUAAAAGUUGCAUGUUUUUUAUCGUCACAAAGCCAUGCUGCAUCUCUUAGCAACUCUUGGUAGGAUGCAGAUGGUGCGUUCAGGAACGUCAGAAUUUUCUAUACUGCUGAAAAUAACUGGGGUUACAAUGGCUUACACGUGAAGGAUUUGUGUGUGGUGGAGACAAAACGACCCCUGACAAAAAGUGGUGGGACACAUGCCCCCUAAACUGACGCCUAUGCAUGCCACAUAUAAGGUACAGAGCAAAUUUGAGGUGGUUCUCAUUGUAUAUUCUCUUUUUAGCCUAACUGCUAGAUUGUACCUUUGCGGCCUUUGAUGAAGAUUUAGAGCUUGAGGGUGAAGGCACAGUUUCACUAUCAUUGCUGUUCGGUUCUUUUGGGGCUUUUCUUUUUGGAAGACGAUCCACUGUUCCUUGCCUUUUGUGAAAGCAAAUGUUUUUUUGAUGUUAAAUGAUAAAAUGAUGUGCUGUGCAGUCAGACCUUGCGCUGACCCCCAAGGGGUGGGCUAUUGACAUUGCAACACAUUACUGACAAUGGGACUUUUGGUAAUGAAUGUUAUGUAUUUAUUUAUCUAAAAUGAAUUUACUUAUUUAUUCAUGCAUACAUGUAAAAAGAAUGUAUUUAUGUUUUCAUUCAUAUAUUUAUAAAUGAAAUGUCAGAAUAGGUCAUUUUUUUUACAGCAUCCCUGAAGCAGUCAGACAGAACCCCAGGGUGCCACAGCACCCAUUGUGUGAAAAGCUGUUUUAGAUGAAUGUGGUUUAGGAGGGUGGGGUUCUGUAUUUGUAUUUUUUUUUAUCGUGCUUUACUGGACAGUGUGCUACUUUUUUUUUUUUCAAUGAAGAAUGCCUUAUAAAUAAAGUUUGAUAGAUUGACUGAUAUUUCAUCUAUCCAUCUGUUUCUCAUGUGUUCUGAUCUAUGAGAGCUCCAGCUAGAGUCGGUCUUUGUUUGGUAGUUUGUCACACCCUCAUUAAAAAUGUUGAUUUCUUGGUUAGAGUGUGCUGAACAUUUUGUUACUAUGGCUUUGUAACCACCUCUUCCCUUCUUCCACCCUCAGGUAUCUCUGCCUUGCCAGCCUCCACUGCCCUGGGUCCUCUCACUGGCUCACCAGUCCUGUCUGCUGCCACUAAUGCCCUGAGCACUCCGGUGCCUGCUGCUGUAGGCGCCCCACAGUGA